AUGGGAGGAUGCUUCUCCAAGCCCAAACCAGUUGAAGUGAAAAUUGAAGUUGUGAUUCCUGAGAAGGAAAGAAGCAAGGAGGAGAUGUCGCCCAACGGGAAAGCCAGCCCCCUGAUCUACAAAGUCAAUGGAACUUCCCGGCACUAUCAUCUUGAGGAGCACCCCAUUGCCAGCAAUCCCUACCACAACCCAAAGGAUGUGGUGGAAGCAUCCGUGUGCCAUGUGAAGGACCUGGAGAAUGGACAGAUGCGGGAAGUGGACCUGGGCUGCGGGAAGGCUCUGCUCAUCAAGGAGAGCAGCGAGUUCCACGCCGUGGGACACAAGUGUCCCCACUAUGGGGCUCCGCUGGUCAAAGGGGUUUUGUCCAAAGGAAGAGUCCGCUGUCCCUGGCAUGGAGCUUGCUUCAACAUCAGCACAGGUGACAUAGAGGACUUUCCUGGCUUGGACAGCUUACCCAGGUUCCAGGUGAAGAUUGAGAAGGAGAAGGUGUACAUCCGAGCAAGCAAGCAGGCCCUUCAGACACAGAGGAGGACAAAGAUGAUGGCAAAGUGCAUCUCCUUGAGCAACUAUAACCUGAGCAGUACCAACGUGCUGAUCAUCGGUGCAGGGGCAGCUGGACUGGUCUGUGCAGAGACCUUGCGCCAGGAGGGUUUCUCGGACAGGAUUGUGAUGUGCACGAUGGACAGACACUUGCCCUACGACAGACCAAAGCUCAGUAAGUCGAUGGAUUCCCACCCGGAGCAGAUCGCCCUGCGCCCCAAGGAGUUCUUCCGCACCUACGACAUCGAAGUCCUGACUGAAAUGCAGGUUGCGGCUGUGGAUAUCAAGAACAAGACAGCUGUGUUCAAGGAUGGAUUUAAGAUGGAAUACAACAAGCUGCUGAUAGCCACUGGAAACACGCCUAAAGCUCUCAGCUGCAAAGGCAAGGAGGUGGAAAAUGUUUUCAACAUCCGGACACCUGAAGAUGCGAACCGUGUCGUGAAGCUGGCCACGAGCAAGAACGUGGUUAUCGUGGGAGCAUCCUUCCUGGGGAUGGAGGUGGCUGCCUACCUUGCGGAGAGGGCCCACUCGGUGUCCCUGGUGGAGCUGGAGGAAGUCCCCUUCAAGAAGUUCUUUGGGGAGAGGGUUGGCCGCGCUGUCAUGAAGAUGUUCGAGAGCAACAGGGUGAAGUUCUACAUGCAGACAGAGGUGUCGGAGCUGCGGGAGCAGGAGGGCAAGCUGAAGGAGGUUGUGCUGAAGAGCGGGAAGGUCCUGCGCGCCGAUGUGUGUGUUGUUGGUAUUGGUGCAGUCCCAGCGACGGGCUUUCUCAAGCAGAGUGGCAUCAACAUCGACUCCAAAGGUUUCAUCGUGGUCAACAAGAUGAUGCAAACCAAUAUCCCUGGAGUCUUUGCAGCUGGUGAUGCUGUCACAUUCCCACUGGCCUUGAGGAAUAAUAAGAAGGUGAACGUCCCUCACUGGCAGAUGGCCCAUAUGCAUGGCCGCAUAGCCGCGCUGAACAUGCUGGCCCACGGUAUGGAGAUCAGCACAGUCCCAUAUUUGUGGACUGCUAUGUUCGGGAAGAGCAUCCGAUAUGCAGGCCAUGGGGAAGGAUUCGAUGAUGUUGUCAUUCAGGGAGAUUUAGAUGAACUGAAGUUUGUGGCAUUUUAUACCAAGAGCGAUGAGGUGGUGGCUGUGGCCAGCAUGAACUACGACCCUAUCGUGUCCAAGGUGGCUGAGGUCCUGGCUGCCGGCAGGACCAUCCGAAAGCGCGAUGUCGAGCUGUUUGUCCGUCACGGCAAAACUGGAGAUAUGUCCUGGCUAACUGGGAAAGGGUCCUAA